AUGACGGGACCUGUACAACUUAAAUCUCAGAAAGGCCUUCUAACACGAUAUCGCAAUAUUUUGAAUCAGUUGAUUACGAAACAUUCAGAAGCUUUUAACACCGAAGUCUCCCCCAGAUUACUUUCGGAAAUGUCGUAUGAAUUAAACGCGACAUCAAAAUUGGUCAUUGAGGCACUGGAAAAUUUCACUAAGACGGUAGAUCAAGUAGAAGAAUUCCAGUCGGGGGAUCAAGAAACUCAAAUUCAAGACUACAUUUAUAAGACGCAUACCGUGUUAGAGAAUGCGCAAACCUUGACUAUCCAAAUUGAGCGGAAAAAAGUGGGAUUGCAACAACCUAUGGUUGCUCAAGAACCGGCUAUUGCAGAACUUUCUUCUGCUAAGGUUGAGUUACCAGCAAUCCCCAUUCCCAUGUUCAGUGGCGGAAUUAGCGAAUUUGAAAAAUUUUUGGGCACUUUUCAGUGCGAAUGUUCAUAA